AUGACGUCACUAAAACAGAAGUCAGUUCAGAUCACUAACCGGAGGUUAUCUGCUUCUACAUAUCAGGGCUCAACUACUUCAGAGGAAACUCAUCUGGCCUAUGAAAACACGUACCAACUAGAACCAUAUCCACACCAGCUGUUCUCCGUGAAACGUAUUCAGGACAUCAUCAAAGCAGUUUUCAUUCAAAAGUUAGAAAACGUCAAAUACACAUCCGAUAGUUUUAGACUGAUGUCUAUCCAGCUGAGUGAACAGAUCAAGACACAAGUAAAACAGGAGCUGUCAUUCAACAACAGGUACAAGAUAGUGGUCAUGGUUACCAUGGCACCGAAACAGUCACAAGCCAUCCAGAUAGCAUCAAGGUGCAUGUGGUACACGCCCACUGACAAGUUCGCGUCUUGGGAAUUUACCGCAGACACUUUCUUCGCUGUGGGAGUCGUGUUCGGAUUGUAUUACGAGUAA